AUGCGGUGGCAACAGCUUCUAUCCUCGUCCGUUCUUGCUGCUACGGCUGUCUCGGCUCAUCGUAGUCCGCGCCAUGUCGGGACCUUUGUAGACAAGCUCGAGCGAGCUCAGAGAAGCUACCCCGGCCUCGAAACUCGUUCGUUCGGGUUCAACGAGUUCGUCGAGCGUGCCGAUAGCGACCCGUUGUUCUUGAACAAGAACACGACCAAGUUUUCUGUCAAUGGUACUGGGAUUCCUGAAGUAGACUUCGACAUUGGCGAAAGUUACGCCGGCCAGUUGCCAAUCACAGAUGAUCCGGAUGGAAAGGACAAGCUCUUCUUCUGGUUCUUCCCCUCAACCAACCCUUCGGCUGAGAAGGAGAUUCUCAUCUGGCUCAAUGGAGGUCCUGGGUGCUCUUCUUUUGAAGGCCUCUUGCAAGAGAACGGCCCGUUCUUGUGGCAAUACGGCACAUACAAGCCUUAUUCGAACCCCUGGAGCUGGAAUAAGCUGACCAAUGUGGUCUAUAUCGAACAGCCUGUGGGCACCGGUUUCUCUGAGGGCACUGUGACGGCAACCAGCGAGGAGGAUAUCGCGUCGCAGUUCAUGGGCUUCUGGAAGAACUUUGUCGACACAUUCGGAAUGCAGGGCUACACCGUGUACAUUGCAGGAGAGUCUUAUGCAGGCGCUUACUGCCCGUAUAUCGCCAACGGCUUCCUUGAUGCGAACGACACGACUUAUUUCAAUAUGUCGGGUGUGCUAAUUUACGACCCGGUGAUCACUUAUGAUCCAAUUCAGGAGCAAAUCGUGACUCUGCCAUUCGUUGAUUAUUUCAAGGGCCUCUUCCCCUUUAACGACACUUUCUGGACCGAUCUCCGUGAUCGCGACCAGUCCUGCGGAUACACGGACUAUGUCAACAAGUACUUGGUGUAUCCUCCUGCUGGACCUCAACCUCCCCCGGAUCAGCUACCCGGAUUAGACAGCAAUGGAACCAGCCGGCCAGAAUGUGACAAUAUAUACUGGGAUGCAUUCGAGGCGGCUCUCCUUAUAAAUCCUUGCUUCGAUAUUUAUCAGGUUGCCACAACCUGUCCCAUGCUGUGGGAUGUGCUCGGCUUCCCUGGCUCACAGACAUAUCUUCCACAAGGCGCCAGCAUCUACUUCGACCGCGAGGAUGUCAAGAAAGCCAUCAACGCGCCCAAUAUCACCUGGGAGGAAUGCUCCUCCGAUGAUGUCUUUGUGGACGGCACCGAUACCUCCCCGCCGUCUGGCAUCACAGUCCUCCCCAGCGUCAUUGAGCGCACGAACAAUGUAAUCAUUGGCCAUGGCGCUCUAGACAUGAUCUUGAUUGCCAACGGUACUCUCCUUGGCAUCCAGAACAUGACAUGGGGCGGCAAGAUGGGCUUCCAAAGCGCUCCUACCGAACCCUUCUACGUACCUUAUCACGACGACUUCCAGCUCGAGACCAUCGCCGGCGCCGGCGUCUUUGGAACCGUCCACACGGAGCGCGGCCUCACCUACGUCGCAGUCGACCUGUCGGGUCACAUGGUUCCGCAGUACGCCCCCAGCGCCGCGUACCGACACCUCGAGUUCCUGCUCGGCCGCGUCUCCAGCAUGAGCGGGACGGAUGCGUUCACCACCAAUACCAAUUUCACGCAGCCCGAAGGCGACUUGGGCAACGGGACCGCACCGCAGGGUUGGGCUAGCGCUGCCACCAAUGGCUCGUCCGGCGGGUCUUGCUCUGGCGGCUCGUCCAACUCCACCGAUACCAAUGCAGGGUCUUUUCUAGCUCCGUCUGCUCUGGUCGCGGUGCUGCCCGUAGCACUGAUGGCAGUGAUCGGUUUCUAG